AAUUAACGAACGGAUAGUUAAAAAUUUUACCCAAAAAAGUGCCUUAAACGUAUGUUCAGUACGUCAUAAAUGUUAACUUAAAUAUUUUUAAAGUGACUGUUACGUUGAACGGUUUAGUGCUCUUUAAAAUCAAAAGUUUUUCGAAAAGUACGCGCUGACAUUACCUGUCCUAGAAGACCAUUGUCACAAUGGAGACUAACAUUUCAUUAUCUCGACUGAAAGAGCCGGAAUUUUUUCCAGAAUGUUGGAAAACAAUAAUGACAGGAGUUGUGGCCUUUGUUGAUGUUCGGACUGGUUCUGACAAUCGGUCAAAAAGUGUUGCUACAGAAAUGGAAAAAAUGGGUGCUGAAGUUGUGGGGAAUUUCUCAAAAAGAGUCACACAUGUUGUAUUUAAGGAUGGCUCAAAACCUAUUUAUGACAAAGCAAAGGCAUUAGGCAUCCCAAUUGUGUCCUAUUUAUGGGUUGUUGCUUGCAAAGAAAAGGGAGAAAUGGUUUCUACCGAAGAACAUGCAGCCAUUAAUUCACAAGAUUAUGAUUCCGAGUUCUUCAAGUGGAGGAAAGUCAAAUCAAUGCAGCCAAAGGAACUUGAUGAAGAACUACAAAUGGCAGAGAAGCGGCUUGACAGAAGGAGGAAAAAGGUUAGGCAAAGUUUGUUGCUUACUGGUGAAAGUAGUGAGGAGCCUCCACUACUAUUCACACCUAUUGCUGAAAGAAAAUCAAUAAUUGAUACGUUAAUUGAAAGUUCACCUGCUUGCCAAGAAAGGAUUCAGCAACAGCUAGCUUCUGGAAAAACCUGUAAUGAUGUAUUUACUGUAAAUGAGAAAGAAGAAGAAGAUUUUGACACCUUUUUUGACACCCCUCUAAUGAUAAAAUUUAUUAGCAAGAACUACUAUUCUCCUAUGGACCCCACUCCUUCGUCCAUCAGAAAAAUAUUAGCUAAUGUCCGACAGAAUUCGGCAAAAACUGCAACGACACCUAGCAUGAGCAAUCAUCAAAGGAAAGGAGACGUUAGUUCAGGAAAAACGUCCGCUGAGAAAGCGGUUCGCGUAACAAUACCUGGCUCGCCAUUGGGCCAAAUAAACAAAACUACUGAAAACAACAACAAGCGAAAGACGUGCUCGAGCAUGUCUUCAGCAGCAAAAAAGCGAAAAGAAAACACCGAGAAUAUAAUAGAGAAACUUCCUCGUCGGAAGUUGCUUUUCCAGCCCACGAGGCUGCAUCUGCCGCAGGAUCCCCUCGUUGCUUUUACUCCCGACGAAAGUCCAAAGAAAGAGAAGAAAAAUCAUCCUUGUUUUUCCCAAGUCGGAACAAAUGCUAAAUCCCACUUGAUUCCGUACUCUACAAGCGUUAAAUUGAGUCCUAAAAGUGGCACAUCACCUCGGCGUGACAGUUUGGCCGAUUUCAGGCUGUCAACUCCGAAAAAACGAAACGAUCAAAGAUUAUCUAGUGCCACGCUAGUAUGCACCAGCCUGCAUGCAGAGUCCAUAAAGAUAGUAGAAAAAGCAAUCGAACAAAUGAAAAGAUUCAAGUUAAUAGACGUAGUCAAUGAUACAACCACUCAUGUAAUAUGCGGAGAUUCACGGAGAACUUUAAAUGUUAUGCGUGGUGUUGUACGGGGUGCCAAAAUCGUGACGUUUAACUGGAUAACUGAUUCGAUGGCCAGCGGAAAAUUUUUAAAUGAAAAUGACUACCAGAUUGAGAGAUUCUCCAGUGCCGCUUCGCUGUACCGUGGAAAAAACAAGUGUCUCUUUGGGGACUAUGAAGCCAUUUACGUCAGUAAGAAGUCGCCAAUUCCCCCUUCAGACCUGUGCGAUAUGAUCCAAUGCGCUGGAGGAAACUUGACAAGUGUUUCAAAAAAAGCCUCCCUCAUCGUUGGUCAGUUAAAACCAGAGGCUAACGUUCCUUGUGUUGCUAGCAUUUGGAUUUUAGAUUGUAUUGAAAAAGGAGUGACCCUUCCGUUGACUGAUUACUUCAUGAAAAAGUUCUAGUUCUGUUCGUGAUAUAUGAAAUUUUUCGAUAACCGAAGGCUGAUGACGUCGUCGAAUGCAUGUGAGACCACUCAGUUCAUUGUGUUUUGUGCUCAAUCCCCGGAAAGGCUGGAAACAAAUACAAAAAAUCUCAAAAUU